AGGCCGCCGGCCCGCCGGCCGGGCCGGAGUCGCUCGGGUCUCGGGCGAAUCAGUGCGCGUUUCCCUCUGCCAUUUGCGCGUCGGUACGCGGCAGUGGUGUUACCGGAAUCCCCGACGUGUGCUUACCGGUGCGUAGAAGACGCGUAUAACGCCGUGUUGGCUGGAGGUGUGCUUUUCGCAAGUUUGGUGCUGUUCGCGCGUGCAUUUCUCGCGAUCUAAUCGAUCGGUAUGGCGGACACUGAGGUCAAGGAAACCAAAGUCACUACCCCGCAGAAGAAGGUAGUAGAGGAGGAGAAGGUGGUGCAGGAAGUCGAUGAGGACUCGAAAACAUCUGAGAAUGGAGACACGAAGGAAACCAAAGAGAAUGGCUCCAGCGAGGAGAAGGAGAGCGACGAGAAGGAAGCGGAAUCUACAGAAAACGGAGACUCCACAGAUGCCCCUGUCGACAGCUGUUGCGUAAAGAGGAAAUCUACGGCCGCGGCUGACGCAACGGAGGAAGCAACGGACGGCGCGAGCCCCGAGAAGAAAUCGAGACUCGAGGAGAAGUGCGCCGAAACCGAGAACAACGGCGAUGCGGAGGAGGCUACGGCCUAAUAUUCUCUCACGUUUAUUGCUGACAGACCUAAUCCAUAGACGCAAUUUUAACUACCGAGUGUGAGGCCAGAGCAGAUCCGAUCGUCUGCAUUUUCAGGAAAGGUGACGAGCAUUCGAAAAACAGGGGAAAAAAGAAAAGAAUAAAGGAACACUUGACGUUUAUUGCAUUAAGGAUUUUCUGUGUUCAGGAUGACUGUGUGUCUCUCUCUCUCUCUCUCUCUCUCUCUCUCUUUCUUUCUUUCUCUCUUUCUGUCUCUCUUUCCCUCUUGCAGUAUUUCUUUCUAGAAAGGACAACAAUUGGGUAACAGUGUAACACGUGUCCGACGCUAAAAAAAAUUGCGAUUACAUUUGAUCAUGAAGUGUAAAGUGUAAACAUAAACCGUGUUCUAUCUGUACUGGCAUCCACGCGCAUACAUAUUAUAUAUUCAUUUAGCGUUAGAGCCCUAAAGUAUAAGGAAGUAUAUCGAUAACGUUAGAAAUAAUAUAUUUCUAUGAUUAUACUCCAUCAGGACAGACGAUGGUGCGGUGUCUGGAAAAUGGGUACAGUUGUGCAACAAAUAUUUCCACCUACUACUACUAGUCCUCAUUGUUUCCGACGCACAGACACACAUGUAGCUUACGUAGACAUAUACACAUACCUUGGAUUAUAAUACAUCGGAGAUAGAAUACGGAUAUUUUUCUGCGAAUCAAAAUACAUUCCCGAAAAUAGAGAGAUUGCGAUUUGUAACAUAUGCGACCAUUUGCCAACGUCGUUGAGAAAUUUAAGAGAGCGCCAUUUCUGCGGUUGAUUUCAAAUAUACUUCUGAUGACGUAUUAUUUAUGAAAUUUGUAACUUUCAAAAAGAAAAACAAUGUUUAUUUAGACUUUAGGUAAAUUAUAUAUGUGCGUUAAAAUCUACUAACACGUGAUGUGUUUUUGCAGAAAAUAACUUUUUUGUUUUAAGAGGUAAAAACGUUUCCGAGAAGCUUGUUAAUUUAGAAGCUGAUACAUGCUCAUAUCUUAUUAAAACUCGCUGUCGUGACUUUUAGGAACCGAAAUAACUAUUUCUAAAUUCUUUUUAUUCUUAUCGUACGAAGCGCAGCUUAUAUAAUACGUGUAACUUGUCUUACUUCGGUAUAUUCUUACAGUGUACUUAUAUAUGCGCAUAUAUAUACAUGUGUAUAUAUAUAUAUAUAUAUAUGUGUGUGUGUGUGUAUGUGUGUGUAUAAAAAUGCUGAUGAGUAAAAAAAGUUCGGUUGGAAUUUUUGCUAAUGUUGCAUAAAAGUAACGAAAUGACGAUCGUCCGACAAAAGAAGCCACAGUUGAUAUGUAAUUGACUCUACAUAUAAAUACAAAUGUGACUCCAAAAUUAUCACGAUCUCGAGAUUAAUCGUGUGACGUGAUUAAUAUAGAUUAAACUACUAAUUUGCAUAUUACAUAAAACUAUAAUGACUCAGAUGUAUCAACAGUUUGUCUUUUUCUUUUCUUUUUUUUUUUUAGUUUCCAACGCGUGAUCUUCGAGAGUUCGAAUAUUUUAUUUAUCGCGAAGGUAUCUCAAUAUUAAUAUAGUGGUUCAUAUAUAUAUAUAUAAUUUCCAAUAUAAUUAUUUCUUGCUUUAUGUGUAAUGAAUAUAACUGUCCAUCAGUGAGGGUAAUAACAUGUAUGUUUAAGAUUUAAAAUGGUAAAAAUGUGUUCAACAGUAAAUACAAAUAAAGAUGGUUCUCUAUA